AUGAGACAUCAAUACUAUCAACCACAACCGAUGUAUUAUCAACCACAACCGCAACCUAUAUACAUACAACAAGGGCCGCCGCCACCAAGAAAUGAUUGUUGUUGUUGUUGUAACUGUGGCGAUUGCUGUUCAGCAAUUGCGAACGUUUUAUGUUGUCUGUGUCUAAUUGAUCUAUGUUGUAGCUGCGCUGGCGGCAUGUAA